AUGGACAACGCCAAACCGGGGGAUCUAAAGAUUGAAAAAUGGAACCAAGAAAAGGAUGGCGAUUUAACGCAAUCUAACAUGGAACAGAAGCUCCGAAAACAAGGUUACAAAUUUGUAAGAUAUGAUUUUCCACCAGGAAUAAAUUUUCCUGAUCACACACAUGGCGUUUCAAAGAAAGAUGCAAUUCUUAAAGGAAAAAUGAAGUUUUCCAUGUAUGGACAAACUGUUAUUCUAGGCCCUGGUGACAUGAUUCAGGUGCCAAAGGACAGAAUACAUAACGCCUCUGUAGUGGGGAAUGAUUUUCUUGUGUUUUAUGAUGCUACUAUAGACCCUAAUGCCGAAAUCACGAAAGAAGAACUAGAACCUUGA